AGGAUAUUCCCCUAUAACCCCUUUCGCCCCACUCCUAUCUUUGAGCAAGCUCACCGCGAGCCGAUACCAUGGAUGCUGGACUAAAGCUUUGGACCAGAGUGGAGUUUGCAUCGAACUACGUUUCGUUAGAAAUACUAAAACACGAGCAUACGAACGAACGUGUUCAAAAAGAAACGGAAAUCGAAUUAGAUGUGAGAAAAUCUGUCAAUUGUACAGUGCAAGUGACAAUUGAUUUUUAGGAAUUUCUAUUUUUUUCUUAUUUCUUAAUUAAGUUGUGCAAUUAUAUAUAUAUAUAUAUAUAUAUAUUACAUAUAUAUAUAUACAUAUAUAUAUAUAUAUUUAUUUUUUUUUAUAUAAAAGAAAUUGAAAUUAUACAAGAGGUGCAUCUUUCAUUCGAUUAGCUUUAGCAGAAUGUUGAAAUUCUUUAAUUUUUUGAAACUUUUCAUUUUUAUGAUACAUGGAAUAAGUGAAAAGCAUCGAGCUUAAAAGUUAGUUUCAGAAAUUGAACAAUGUUAGCAAAAAACUCGAUCUAUCAUGAACUGUGAAGAAAGUGAAAAUAAUAAAAGUACCGGAUAUCGAGAUGCGGUGCACGUUAACUGUCGUCUCAUUGGGAGUUCUUCUGGUUACAAGUGCUCACGGAGAGAAUACAGGCAAGAACGUUUUUGGUCAGUGUAUCUUCCCACUUGGUAUGGAGGAAGGAAAAAUUCCAGAUGAUGCAAUCACCGCUUCUUCUAGUUAUGAAACAAAAUCAGUGGGACCUCAAAAUGCACGAAUACGACAGGAGAAAAAUGGCGGUGCUUGGUGUCCAAAAGCGCAAAUUAGCAGCGCGAUACGGGAAUAUUUGGAAAUUGAUCUAACUAGAGAUCAUCUAAUAGCGUGGACUGAAACUCAAGGACGAUUUGGUAAUGGUCAAGGCCAGGAAUAUGCAGAAGCCUUUUUUCUCGAAUAUUGGCGCGACAAAAAAUGGCAUCAGUAUAAAAAUUUGAGGGGUGACAGAGUAUUACGCGGAAAUAGUAACACUUAUUUGGUUGAAAAGCAAAAAUUGGAUUUACCAUUCGUCGCGAGCAAAGUUCGAUUUGUACCUUACAGUCAACAUCCACGGACGGUUUGUAUGCGAGUUGAAAUUUAUGGAUGCAUAUGGGAGCAGUAUAUCGCGAGUUACAGUAUAAUCAAAGGAUCAAUUCUUGGUCCCGGAGGGAAAAAUAUCGAAGAUUCAUCGUAUGAUGGUAUCGAAAUUGACUCUCUUCUUGUAAACGGCCUUGGUCAACUAACGGAUGGUAUAUUAGGUGAAAUUUCCGAAAUUUUCACUUCUUCAACAAAUGGUACAAACUGGGUAGGCUGGUCAGACCGCACCACUGUCCAGAUUAUUUUUUCUUUUCAAGAAUUACGAGAAUUCGAAAAUUGUUCUGUACAUGUUGCGCGUAUACCGGAACUAGAAAUUGAGACAUUUUCGGUAAUGCAUAUUUGGUUUUCCUCUGAUGGAGAAAACUAUGAAUCGGAAGCAGAAAAAUUGGUGGGUUUGAUCGAUGCUAGCUCGUCUGUUGCCGAAACAAUUUCGAUUCCUUUGCAAUCUAGAAUAGGACGAUUUGUAAAAAUGGAAUUUGAUCUUGCUGCGAAAUGGUUGCUGCUUAGCGAAAUCACGUUCCACACGGGUAGUAAGAGUAAAUCAAAUGAUUUGAAUAUUUUGAACGAUCGAUCAUUCGAAAUGGAUCAAAAUCGAAGCGAAUUACGAAUAAAAUCUAGUAACUCCUUGGACUCAAUAAUAUUGGGUUUUAAUGUAACAACACUUUAUGAAAUUCAUGAAAACAAUUCGACACCAGAUGCCUUCCCCGUUGGUACUUCCCAAACAUAUAUUGGACUUGUUAGCGGUUUACUGACAGUGUUUGCUCUUUUCUUAACUUGUACAGCAUUCUUGAUCAAACAAAGAGGUCGUAACAAAGUAGCUUUGUUACAAAAACAUACGGCUCUACUCUGUGAUUCAUCUACACCGGGUAUUGCGAUUUCUCCAAAAGAUGUUAAACUUUCAAAUUCAAUCGUAACUGGAUUAUCAUUAAUUCGUAAACCUAUCAUUAUUGCCGCUUCUGAUAACUUGCCUGCUCGAUCCAAUACAGAUUUACGAAGAGAUUCCCAAAGCGUGAUCGAUUCCGAAAAUAAUCGCAAUUCAACUUUAUACGAAAGAACUUACAAUCUGUUCUCUGAAGAAAAUCUCGUAAUCAUGAAAUCAAAUACGAAAUCCGCACAUAUAUCUGAAUCAUGUUCUGAUUUUAAAUGCAACUCGAGCUUUAUGACAAGCAAAUCUACGGAAGUUAUAAUUCCAACUACAACAUAUUCAUCGAAAAAGAUAUUUUAUUCACAAUCAGGAAAAUUGAAUCAAAGAAAUUAUGAAGGAUAUUAUGCAGCAACGGAUAUUUUAACAAAGAAAAAAGAAACUUUAUCAACUUCGAGUCCAUUCACACCGCUUCAAAUUCGUGAAAAAGGCCUAUGCUUACUACAUACCAUUGAAUCUUACAAUGUCCAACGUAUUUCUAGACACAGAUUACGGAUUUUAGAUAAGCUUGGAGAAGGAAAUUUCGGUUUGGUCCAUUUAUGUGAGGCAAAAGGAAUUACCAAUCCAGAGAUAGAAGCGAUUCAAAAUCGACAAACUGUAAUCGUUAGAUCUCUUUGGCGGGGAGUUGUAGAUUCCUUAAGGUUGGAUUUCACAAAAGAUAUGCACGUUUUGGCAAUGCUUCAAAAUUCGAAUAUAGCGAAGAUGAUAGCUUUAGUAGAAGAAGAACCAUUCGGAGCUAUAUUCGAGUACGGUCAAUUUGGAGAUCUUCCUACUUUUUUAGAAAACCGUGAAAAUUUGGAUAACAAAGAAGAUAUUAGCUAUGGCAGCCUUUUAAGUUUUAUUAUCCAAAUUGCAUCUGGUAUGAAAUAUCUGGAAUCCAUGAACAUUGCACAUUGUGAUUUAGCAGCUAGAAAUUGCAUCGUUUGUCUUGAUCUGAAAAUAAAGGUAUCCGAUCAUGCUAUAUAUUGUAAUAAAUAUGAUCAUCAUUAUUUCAUCGAUGGACAUAAUGUAAAAAUUCCUCUUCGUUGGAUGGCAUGGGAAGCAGUUUUAUUGGGUAAACGUAGUUGCCGUGCCGACGUUUGGUCAUUUGCUGUAACAAUUUGGGAAAUUUUUCGAAAUUGUAAAGAAAUACCAUAUGCAGAUUUAACAGUUGCACAGAUUUUAGAAAAUUAUGGUCAUUGGUAUCAAAGAGAAACGAACAUCGAUAAGGAACAUGAUGAUAAUAAUGAUAAAAGAAAUCAACCUCGAAUUCCUUCACAGUCUGAUCAUUGUCCAGAUAAUCUUUAUCGUAUAAUGAAAAAAUGUUGGAGUACACGAGUUGAAGAGAGACCUAGUUUCGAGGAAAUACAUCUAUAUCUCGAGAAAUUAGCCUGAUUGAAUGUUCCAGGUACUCAUUGAUUGAGUAGUACGGACCAAACAAUUACAAUCAGCCAAGAAGCAUCCUGUACGUAAAUUUUAGCUUUUUAUGUUGAUUUAUUCUUCUUCUGCUUCAUUCAGUUUUUAGUAAUAUAUUCCUAAUGUAGCUCAUAUCAAAAAUAUAUUAUAUCGUAAAACU